AUGGCUGGUGUAGCAAAAUUGUUUGAUGAUCAUAUUCUUGAUAAAUCGAAAGAAUUGGUUGAUCUUAAUGAUGAAGAAUAUAAAGGCAAAGUAAUUGGUCUUUAUUUUAGUGCUCAUUGGUGUGGACCAUGUCGUCGUUUUACUCCAAAAUUAAUUGAAUUUUAUAACUCACAUGCAAAAGAUAAAAAUUUUGAAAUAAUAUUUAUAAGUUCUGAUAAUGAUGAAGAAUCAUUUAAUGAAUAUUAUGAACAUAUGCCAUGGUUCACAUUAGAUUUUAAAGAGAGUGAUAAAAAAGCAGAAAUAGAAAACAAAUUUGAUAUUACUGGAAUUCCAACAUUAAUUUUAUUGGAUGGAGAUUCUGGUGAUAUUAUAUGUACUGAUGCAGACGAGCGAGUUUCGUCGGAUGAUAGUGAAGGAGAAAAAUUUCCAUGGAAAUCAUCAUAA